AUGCCGGUACUGCCGGUAGGAAAUUUUACUGGUAUGAUACUCGCACUCCCAUGUCCAUCCUCCAGUGCGAAUACUGGUAGCCAUGCACUCGAGCACAAGUACAGUAUAGUACCGUACGCUAUGGGGAACGUAGCGUAUGGGCAUGGGUGUCGCACUUACAUUAUCGUCUUGGAUAUGACAGGCAAGACAAAUCUAUCCGAUGAGAAUGCUCGUAUGGUCCCGUGGCCUCAGGAUUACAGCGCAGUAUCAUAUCAUUUCAUCCCUUAGCUUAAUCAACAUUCCAAACAUCCCCCUAGCUCGCAUAUAAAAAACAUAAAAUCAAGUCGCGCAAUGGUCUCGUGCACUCACCACGCAUGUGUUGCACAUAUCACCGACUCGACACCUCAUGAACCCCCAGAGAAAUCACCCAUUAUCACUCGUUAUUCACCUCUUGAGACGCGUAGUGAUGAAUGAUUAGCGGUUCAUAUGCGUUGGCCGUCAAUUGGCGUUGAAGAAUACGCGUUGUUUGAUAGCCGAGGGCUAUGGUGCGGUGCUCUUGGGCAGAAAGGCUAGCCGGCCGAAUUCGUGAAAUGGCCUCGCUAAUCAUGUUUACUCGGGAAGAUAAGAUCUGGAGCGUGGCUUCGAUUUUCCUUUGGCCGGCGUACUGUACGAGUACUAGUACCGGUACUACAAUAUUGUAGCAUGGGGCAUUCUCCUAUCGGAGGCGCCAUCGCCAUGAUGAGAGCUGUCGACCACCACCCCGAUCCUUCUCCCUCAAAGGGCGAUUCACCCAGAUCCUGGAAAUCACCGAUCCCCUCGGGCGCUUUCUUUCUUUCAGGCAUGACCCGGCGGAAGAACAAGAGCUGAAAGAUUGCGUCGGAUUAGCUGACCCAAUUGGCGUGAACCAGACAUAUCCCUGCAAUAUCCCUGCACCUCGUAUGCACGCAACCGGGAAAGGCAAGGAAGGGAGAGAUCGGGGCCAAACAAAACACGCCCC